AUGGACGGUUCCGCUGCGUGUUCGACCGCAGAGGCAUCGAGCAGCCGGCAGCAGCAACCGCGAGGUCUGGGUCUCCCGAGACAUGCCCUAAACCGGAGUCAAGGCCAGUCUUCUCCCUUGCCCAUGACACAAUAUCCCUGGAUGUCCUCCGCAACAUCUUGGCUUCAUCUGAACCAGGAAGACCUCGAACACGUCUCUCGUAGCGCUCCUCCGAGUGCACUCACCGACUUGGUUACGUUUGGCCAGACACAUGCUUCCAGCACUGCAGCGGCACCGUCCCUCUUGCUCCAAACGACUGAUCGCCGUCGUCUCUCCCGGCGCUCAUCUCCUACCUCUUCUACCUCUUCGGCCAUCGAUUUGCAUGUCGCGGAAACCCUCGAUCUCCGACAGCUCUCCGAUUCGCCCUCUUCGGACCAGUACGACUUUUGCGGAGCCGACUCUCCGCCUUCACACAUUCUCCAUUUCGACCGACCUCCAAAUGCCCGACAGCGAUCCAUCGCCGAGGAUUCGAUCCUGGCCAGACAGAUUCAUCUUUCGACACUAGACAUGCAGGUCGCCGCCGCUCAUGCUGCAGUAAUAGCGGCGAGUGAACGUCACCGAUUACUGCUCGCUCAGCGCGCGGUCCUCCGAGCGCAAAUAUGCCGGGACAGGAACCGCCUCCAGCCAGCACUGUACCUCCCAGCAGAGACUCUGGCCGAGAUCUUUGCCUACUGCGCACAAGACGACAUUUAUGCAGUGUGGAAGCUCUCCGCCGUGUGCUUUGAUUGGCACGUAGCGGCAGUGGCCUACCCACGGCUUUGGUGUCGCAUUGUCGUCCCCACACAUUUGCCACCCGUCGAACAGAUCCACAUCACUCGGCUAUGGGUCCAGCGAACCAGCACGGUUCAAGGUUUAGAUAUCCGAUACCGUGCCGUGGAAGAUUCGAUUCGAUACGUCUCGACCACGUUUGAGGAAAUCAUGAUGAUCCUCUCUGCAGAGCUCUCCAGAUGGAAACAUUUCGACCUCGAGACGAACCUAGAGGACUGCAUUCACAUUGCUGUUCGACUCUCUUCGGGUGCAGCCCCCAACUUGGAGACGUUUCUUGUCAGAGAGCCAGAGUUUCAGGGGACAAAGCGGAAUCGACGACUCUUACCAUGCAAGAUGCUGACCCUUGGCCCAGCACCAAACCUCAGCCGUGUGGCGUUGCAUACAUCGGCAUGGCCGACGGCCACAUUCUUGCGUGGUUUGACUACACUCUCCCUAUCUUCUGGUCGCAUCAAACCUAUGGUAGAUCUCUGGCGUGUGCUGGAUGCGUGUGAAGAUUUGGAAGAGCUCACGCUGCGUCUACCUGUCGAUCACGACUUUGAUCCACCGGGACGUGGACGUACAUCUCCACUCAAGCUGGAGCGUCUCCACACACUCUCGGGCAACUCGAUGGUGCUCGCGCUCCUCCCUCAUCUCCUCGUCCCUUCUCUCGAAGUGCUCUACGUCAAUGAUGUGGACGCAUUUAUCCUCAUGAGAACGCUCAACGUGCUUGAUCUUCGCUCGAAUCCACCAUUACAUACCCUCCGUCUGCGCAGCUGCCGUCUCGUCUCUGGUACGACAGGACUCUCUCUAAAAUCCAUCAAACGCCUCGAAUUCUACGAAUCAGAGGUCGAUGACAACUUUUCACUCCCUCUCCAUGCCUACCGCGGGUACAUCGUCUACGUGAGGGAAGAUGCACUCCGACGCCUCGUCGAAGCCCGUAACCCUACGACUCCCAACGCCAUGUGCGCAGGAGGUGCACCAGCUGUGGGGCUCCCUGCGCGCAUCAAAAUGGUCGAAGUGCGCAAUUGUCGACGUGUACGACCGCAAUUUACCGAAUGGAUCCAGGAACGACUCGGACGCGUUUCGGAUCGCUUUCACUUGCCUUCGUGCUCGGCCGCGUCUGCGCAUGAAGAGCAGACGUGUGCACAUGCGCAUGGACCACAGUCUGGAUCCUCUAGCUUGACUCCCCUAUCUCCGGUGGAGGGACACGGCGAGCCCUCUGGUUCUGGAGCAGGCGUGCUCGACGUCGAGAUGGGGAUGGUCAUCUAA